AUGUAUUAUCUCCUUCACCUUCUGCGAAAAGUGGGUGCAAUGGCCAAACCAGAUUGUAUCAUCUCUUCUGACGGCAAAAACCUCACCAUAAAAACUGAGAGCACUUUGAAAACAACACAGUUUUCGUGUAAUCUGGGAGAGAAGUUUGAAGAAACUACAGCUGAUGGCAGAAAAACUCAGACUGUCUGCAACUUCACAGACAGCGCAUUGGUUCAACAUCAGGAAUGGGAUGGGAAGGAAAGCACAAUAACAAGAAAGUUGGAAGAUGGGAAAUUGGUGGUGGAAUGCGUCAUGAACAAUGUCACCUGUACGCGGAUCUAUGAAAAAGUAGAGUAAAAAUUCCAUCAUCAUUUUGGACAGGAAUUAGCUGUGAGGAUGAACAAGCUCAGUUCAAUGAGCAAAUCUCCAUACUGCUUUUUUUUUUCAUUACUGUGUUCAAUUAUCUUUACCACAAACAUUUUACAUGCAACUAUUUCAAAGUGUUGAUUUAAUUAGGAUCAUUCCUUUGGUUAGUAAAUAAAUGCGUUUGUGCUAAAAAAAA